AUGCAUUUCUCUCUUCUCUUUCUUUCCCUUGUCGGGGCCGGAAAUGCCAUCCUUCUCCCCAAGCCAAGCGGCCCAUACGGCACUGCCCUUCGCAUCGAAGGCAUGACCGAUAAAAGCCGCAUUGACCCGUAUGACCCCAAGAAAGGUCAUAGACAAGUCCUAGCCUCAAUCUUCUGGCCCGUCGACUCAGCAUCUUGCUCAAACAAGGUCGUCCCCUACAUGCCGCCUGCUACUGCCAAAGCAUAUGGACAACAGGUAGCGCAGUUGGGUCUAUCGAACGAUACUUUUUCAGCACUUGAGUUCCAGGUCUGCAAGACUCCUAUUGCUCAGAAGGGAUGUGAAAGCGAGAAGAAGUCAUUUCCCGUUGCUGUCUUUUCACCUGGUGCUGGAAACUCCAGGUUGAUUUAUAGCCUCAUGGCUCGCUCACUGGCUAGUUAUGGAAACGUUGUGGUUCUGAUUGAUCAUCCUUUCGAUCCGCCCGUUGUUGAGUUCCCUAAUGGAGAGAUUAUCGAGGGAGGAAACAUCCCCGAUGACCCGAAAUCCAAUCAGCAGCUGGCUUCGGUCAAGGCAAAGGAUAUGUCAUUCACUAUCUCAGAACUUCUACGCCCUUCUUUCCAAAAGAAGGUCUUCAAGGGUCUCCCAGGCUCAAUCGACAACAAGAAAAUCGUCGCCCUCGGUCACUCCCUCGGUGGCGCCAGUGCAGCUAUAGCAAUGUUUUCAGAUAAUCGAAUCCGCGGCGGAAUGGACUUGGACGGCCAGAUCUUCGAACCUACUCUCAGCAAAGGCCUCGACAAGCCAUUCUUCCUCAUUGGUCGCCCUAACCACAGCAAGGAGGAUAUGACCUGGAAGACGUUCUAUGCCAAGCUCCGAGGACCCAAGAAGGAGAUUGCUGUUAAGGAUACCGUUCACGGAUCUUUCACUGAUUACCCUCAAGUCCUCAAGGCUCUCGGUCUACCAGAGGCCGUUAUGAAAGCGAUAGAGCAACAAGUUGGAACUGCCGAGCCCUCCUAUCUUCAGAAGUUCCUUUCCAAGACUGUUGUUGACUAUAUGAAGAUUUCUUUUGCUUACAAGGGCAAAAACUAG